GGAAAUGUGUAAUGAAUGCCAGAAUAAAUAAAUAAAAAUAUUGUAAAAUGUGAAAUAAAAGAUAGAACAAAUUAAACGACGGCGUAGCAUUCAGCUGUGUGUGGACAGGUGAUGAAUAUUUGAGACGAAGGUGACGCCAGAACUCACUCCCUCUGAUGAAGACAUGGGGCAGCAUUUAGAUGCAGCACUAAAGCUGUCCCAUGGGUGGCGCUGUUGGGGGUGUGGUUGUGAUUUCUGGUGUCACCGCAGGGCAGCGAGCAGCCAGAGAGCCUCACAUCUCCAUCUGUGAUUUAAUACUCUCAAGUCUGGCAGAAAAACACACAGCUUCCUCCUGAGAGCACCGCCGCAGGAGCUUCAUCGCGGAGAUGAAUCUGUUUGUGAGGCAGCUCGGCAGAAAGAUCACGGCUCGAGAGCACGGCUCCAACAAGAAGCUGGCUGCUCAGUCAUGUGCGUUGUCUCUCGUUCGGCAGCUGUACCACCUCGGGGUGCUAGAGGCGUACUCCGGGGUCACCAAGAAGAAGGAAGGGGAAACGCUGGAGCCGUUUGAUGUCAGUGUUUCUGCAGAUCUGCAGCAGCAGCUGGCGGCUGUCGUCCAGGAGCUCGGCGUCCAGAUCCCCCCCCCUGUGAGUCCUCUGCCGUUUAGU